AUGGCGGACCUCGACCCCACACUGUCUCAGAAGAGGGACGGCGCGGAGACGCGGCGGGAGAGACAGGUGAGGGCCUGUCGGCAGCGGGCGUCGCCUGUGGCUGGCGCAAGAGUCUAUCGCCCCACUUGCGCCGCUCUGCUACCGUGCACAGAGUGGAUUUUGCGUCACCACCGUCAGUUCAGUCCGAGAGAGGUUGACGAGCGAGAUGACAAAGAAAAUGAAGGAGAGCUGCAGCACGCGGCGAGCGUCCAGGGAGUGGACGCUGAGAGACGUCAGCGACGCGGCGAGGCAGAAGAAAAAUGGGGCAACGGCGGACCAUUUGAUUUCUGUUCUUCGCGAGGCGACCUCGGAAGGCCAGACGAAGAAAGAGGCUCGUGUCUGCCUUCGACGUCUUCCCUGCCCCAGCUCUGCGCUGUUUCUCCUCGUCCCGAACUCGAGUCCCACUGCAGACAGCCUGUAUCGAAUCAAGUAACAUGCUCGUCUCCUUCCACGAAAUCGCUCUCUCUUCUUGCUUCCUCUUCGGCUACCGACCUUCCAUCUCCCUCUUCCUCUCGUUCUGCCUCCCCUCUCUCUCCGGCUUUUUUGUCUGGCCGGCCGCCGUCUCUGGCGGGCCGUAAAACUGGAGGGUGGCCCUCGACGCUCUUGGAUGCGCCGGCGCAUGCACAGGCAUGGUCACGCUUUUAUCUCCAUCACGCGGACAGUCGCGCCCCGUUCAAUUCCUUUACGUCGCGCGACGCUGUCAGGCUGCUGUUUCGCCUCGUGCCGUCCUUCUCGCUCUCUUCUGGAGACGUGAUGGUGGAGGUUGGCCACGGGGCGUGCCCGCUUAUUCCCUUCAUUUGGAUGCGCCUGAAGCAAAACGCGGCGAAGCAGAGAAGGCGGGAGCAAUCCAAGUCGAGGGGGGAGGCAGCCGCAGGCCAGGCGAGCAGCCGCGGCGACAUAGAGGACGCCGGCGAGCACCCAGACGGCCCCCAGCCUCUCGCGCCUCUGUCUCGAGGCCAGAGGCCGAAAGAAGAGCCGAGGGAGACCGCGUCGGAAGAGAAAUGCACGAGUCUGUCGAGGCAGCCGACCCCGGCACAAAACCACGACGGGGACGACCGCGCGGCGUGCUUCGCCUACGGAUGCUAUGUCGGCAUUGAGAGCUGCCGCGAGGCUGCCGAAGCUGCAUUGCUCCAGGGCCGAGAUCUCGACGCCCUCUUCGGGACUUGCUCCUCUCUCUCUUUGCGGCCAGGUGGGAAACGUGAGCGCGUCUCUCGAGCGUCGCCCGCGGGGUCGGCGCCGCCCGAGAUGUGUCAGCAGGAUUUGGAGACACGGAAACGGCGAAGAACCACCGGUGCCGCACCCGCCGAGACGCCGGCGAGUGCCGGCGAUGGGGUGGAUGAAACCGAGUCUUCCAGCUCAUCCUUGUGUCUCGGGAGCGUCGGUGAGGCUUCACAGCGCGCGCGUGCGGAACCGGACGGCACGGCAAACGAGGCGAGCGCGGCGUUCGAGGCGGAGAACGGAACUGGACGCAAGGGAAGGAGCACUGGAGAGCCCGUCAAAGAGGAAGACGAGGGCCGAACGUCUCCGCCAACGGCCGGUGCAUGCCGAAGAGGCGAAAAAGCGGAGGCGGACACUUGUGGUGGGCCAUGUUUACGGGAGAUGCUUCGCUCCCGAUGUCUCGAGUUCGCGGUAUGUACAGACGGGUUCCGCUACGUGGAUUCAGAAGGCCAUUUGCAGCUGGAAAAAAUCGAAUUCGAGAGCCUGUUUCUGACUGAGCCGAGCCGAAGAAGAAGAGGGGCGCAAGCACGAGGCAGAGACAGAGGCCAACCGCGGAAGAACGCACCGAGCGCAGGAUCUUCUGCGUCGGGACGCAGCACAGACAAAGAGGAAAGUGACGAGGCCGAUGCAGAAGUGCGAGACGAAGUGGAGGGACAUUCUGGAGAGGCUGAGGAAGCUGGUCAGAUGGCGAAGACGGACGACGGUUGCGAGGUGGGGAAAGCGAAUCUUGGAGAAGACGAAAGCUCCGCAUGUACCAACACGAGGACGAUGCCGCCGUCGGGCCGUGCACUCCAGACUGGGGACUCGAGUUUGUCUUCCUCAACGAGCUCCGCGAGUUCCUCGUGCGGCGAUCCUCCUUCCGUUGCUUCCUCGCCUCCUUUGCCGUCUUCCUCGGCUUCUGGCGCCUCUCAGCCUGAGUCGGCGUCGUCUUCUGCCGUGCCUCACGACGCUUUAGAUUCGUCGGCGCUCUCGUUUCUGGAGCCAGGCCGUGCAAAGUAUGUCGUCUUGAAGAGCACACUGGACAGCAUCUGCGUCAUGCUGCCUUGCACCGGGACGCUGAACUGGGACGAAGACCUGCGCAUUCCUCGCCAGCUGGUCGUCUGGUUCGACUCCUUCGCGCGUCUCCUCAAAGACCCCGCGUCGCCCCCCUCCGUUGCGUCUUCCCCGCGUGUUGCCUCGCCUCGUUCGCCUCCCGCAUCGACUUCUUCCGUGUCUGCUCAGUCUGGCGCAGUGCGCCCUGCGCAGGAAUCGCCUGGGGACGACGACCUAGAAAGAAGCGAAGCUGAAGAAGAGAGAGAGAAAACCGGGACUGUGUCCGGCGAAGACGCGAACGCCGGCGGCAAGGGGGAGGCGCAGGACAGGCACGUCGGCGAGCCGCGACUUGAGAGCUGCGCAGGCAGUCCAAUGCAAAAACAUGUCAGCACGGAGACAGGAGACGCCGGAACUCCCUGGUGUCUGGGCAUGCGUCGAUCCUUUGCGAACGCGUCGAGGAACGAAAGCGACGGAGAACGCGACACGGCGGGGGACUGCGAAGAAACGCUCAGUGGCAAAGGGGGAUCGACGAGAAGAACGGAAGAGACAGAGGACGGAAGUUACGAAGCGAUGCCCCUCGUGCGUACGCCUGGUUGCGAGAAGGAUACCUCGCGUGAACGUGGGGACUCCUCCACGCCUUACGUCGUUUUCUUGGAGCCGAAGAACAAAGCGCGCAUCCAUCUCCUGACCAUCAUCAAGGUUAUCCAUGGCGCGACGUUCACUGCGACUCCGUCGCCUGCGCGCUUUCUUCGUCUGAGCCGCAUUUUCUGUCCACGCGGUCGAGGGCAAGAGAAGAUCAUCGGCUAUCUCCUCGAGAAGAGAACGACGUGUUACGCGUCUUACGGCGAACUGUAUGAAGACAUUCAGCGGGUGUCGCGGCCCAUCCAGAAGGCGGAUCCGUACGGCGACUUCGAGGAUCUUCUGCCUCCGUUCGAGCCGGUAAAGUGGAGAAGCGAGGAGCCUGCAGACAUCGAGGUUCUUGUGGAUUAUAUCUGGAGUGAACAGACAGCGCAGGCGAUGAAGAAGGGCGGGGGCACCGGCAAAGAGGGCUCGCAGGCCGUCCAGAAGGAUGAAGCCGAGAGAGAGGAGGCUGUGAGGGAAACCGGAAGAGACGUCGAGAUGCAGGACAAAAUACGAACGCAACGGUUUUGA